AUGGCAGGAUUAGAUCGUUCGUAUUUAGUUGAACUUGAUGGUAAUCUUCCACCCUCAGUUUGUCUUAAUCAAUUAUUGGAGCGACUUAGCGUCUAUCCGAUUCGUCGAGCGGCACGUGUUCAACGUUUUUUUCCACAAGAAGAUGAAGAAGAAGAAAUAGCAGAUGAGGGACAAGAACUGGAAGGUGAAGAGGAAGGCGGGGACCACGCUGUACGUGCUCCACGUGAAGAAGAGAUCCCGGGCGAACAGAUGGAUACAGAGGAACUGAUGUUGAGUCUGUCGGGUUCAAAUACAUUAUCAAACAAAUUCAAAUGGCAUAGAAGUCGAUGGUUAAGAUGUUGUCCCGUUGCGUUGAAACAAGGAAAUCGUGUCGACGGUCGUCAAGAUUUAGCCGUUCAGUAG